AUGGUAUGAACAAUUGUUCGUCGUUUAUUUGCACAAUGUUCAAUAAAUAUAAGUGCAUAUUAUAUUGAUACAUAUAGUUUAAAACGUGCUGCAAGAAAAUUUAUUAAACAAUAUAAUUUUAAUUUACAUGAUUUUCCUAAUUUAUCAACACAAGAAAAAAUAAGUUUUCUUAAAACUCUUUUUGUUAGAAAAUAUUUAGAAAGAAAAACUAAUGAUCAUGAUGAAAACGAUCAAUCAUGGAAUGCACAAAUUAAAGAACUAAUACAAAAUAAUCAUGAUUUACAAAUAAAAUCAGUUGAUUUAUUUGUUGAUUAUACUGAUAUUGAUUCAGCUGUUGAAUGA